AUGGACGUGGACGUGGACGUGGACGUGGACGUGGACGUGGACGUGGACGUGGACAUGGACGUGGACGUGGACGUGGACAUGGACGUGGACGUGGACAUGGACGUGGACGUGGACGUGGACGUGGACAUGGACGUGGACGUGGACGUGGACGUGGACUUGGACGUGGACGUGGACGUGGACAUGGACGUGGACGUGGACGUGGACAUGGACGUGGACGUGGACGUGGACGUGGACGUGGACGUGGACUUGGACGUGGACAUGGACAUGGACGUGGACGUGGACGUGGACAUGGACGUGGACGUGGACGUGGACAUGGACGUGGACGUGGACGUGGACAUGGACAUGGACGUGGACGUGGACGUGGACGUGGACGACAUGGACGUGGACGUGGACGUGACAUGGACGUGGACGUGGACGUGGACGUGGACGUGGACCUGGACGUGGACGUGGACAUGGACGUGGACAUGGACGUGGACGUGGACGUGGACGUGGACAUGGACGUGGACCUGGACGUGGACGUGGACAUGGACGUGGACGUGGACGUGGACGUGGACGUGGACGUGGACGUGGACGUGGACGUGGACGUGGACGUGGACGUGGACGUGGACGUGGACGUGGACGUGGACGUGGACGUGGACGUGGACGUGGACGUGGACAUGGACGUGGACGUGGACGUGGACGUGGACGUGGACGUGGACGUGGACAUGGACGUGGACGUGGACGUGGACGUGGACGUGGACGUGGACAUGGACGUGGACGUGGACGUGGACGUGGACGUGGACAUGGACGUGGACGUGGACGUGGACAUUACGUGGACGUGGACGUGGACGUGGACGUGGACGUGGACGUGGACUUUGA